AUGAAGGAAGCAGAAGCAAACAAGUUGAUGCUUACUCCACAAUAUUUGGAACUCAAAUUCAUCGAAGCAAUUGCUAACAACUCGAAAAUAUUCUUUGGGGACAAGAGUUGCAUUAAGCCGGACAAAAGGCUGAUGGCCUGUUGUUUUGAAAGCCCAAUGGCUCAUCGGGCCAUGAAUUGGCCGGGCCUGUCACAUGACAUUCUGGAUGCUGCUUGA